GAGAUUUUGGCGGUAGGGUUUUUUUCUUCUUCCCCAAUUCUGUUUCUCUUCUAGUCUUCUCCUGCGUUGCUCUCUUCUCUUCUCUCGCUACUCUCGCCGGAACUCUGCCCUGAAGUCUCGCUCUCUGUGCUCUGGCCGUCAUUUCUGCAGCAACCGUUAAACCCUAACCGAAAAAAGAAAUACAAGAAGAGCGUGAGUUUUAGCAAGGUACAGAUGGAUAUGGGGGAAGAAGGUGCUGAAGGGAUCUCCAGAAGGAUCCAAGCAAGGUUCGUGACGAAGCUUGAGGCUCCAUUCCAAGUCUCAGCUGCUGCCAUUGCCAUCCCCUCUGACCUCACCCGGUUCGGCCUCUCCUCCCUCGUCAACGCUCUUCUCCAAUCCAAAGAUCCUGAUCAUAAACCGGAGCCAUUCGACUUUUUGAUCAAUGGCGAGUUUGUUCGGAUGUCGCUUGAGCAGUUCCUUCUGGCCAAGGGGAUUUCUGCGGAAAGGAUAUUGGAAAUCGAGUACACAAGGGCUGUUGCUCCACGAAAGGAGGAAGACCCUUCUAUGCAUGAUGACUGGGUCAGUGCUGUUGAUGGUUCAUCUUCUCGGUUUCUUUUGACAGGAUGUUAUGAUGGUUUAGGGAGGGUGUGGAAAGGUGCUGGAUUGUGUACCCAUAUAUUGGAGGGACAUAGUGAUGCUGUUACAUCUGCUGGUAUCAUCAAUCCAGAAGGUGUAGACGCUGUGACACUGGCUACUGCUUCGAAAGACCGUACACUGAGGCUAUGGAAGAUCAAUACAGAAGAGGAUAUCAACCAUCCUAUGAAGAUUAGGGCUUUCAAAAUCCUACGUGGUCAUAAGGCUUCAGUACAGAGUGUUGCUGUGCAGACUUCUGGAGAAAUGGUUUGCUCGGGUUCUUGGGAUUGCACCAUCAACCUGUGGGAAACUAAUGACAAUGGAGAAGAUGACCUAGUCUCUAAGAAAAGAAAAGUUAGAGCACAAGCGAGCCUUCAUCAAUUGCAGUUUGUUGUAUUAUAGGGCGAGGCUGUUACAACCCUUGUGGGUCAUACACAGUCCGUAUCUUCUGUGGUAUGGCCACAACGAGAGUCAAUCUAUUCUGCAUCAUGGGAUCAUUCAAUUCGAAAAUGGGAUGUUGAGACGGGCAAAAACUUGUCAGAUAUCUUCUGUGGGAAGGUUCUCAACUGCCUUGAUAUUGGUGGAGAAGGUUCUACUCUGAUAAGUGCUGGUGCUUCUGACCCUAUUCUUAGGAUUUGGGAUCCUCGUAAGCCGGGGACUUCUGCUCCUGUCUUUCAGUUUGCAUCUCACACUUCUUGGAUUUCUGCUUGCAAAUGGCAUGACAGUUCUUGGUUUCAUUUGCUCUCUGCAUCGUAUGAUGGGAAGGUUAUGUUGUGGGAUCUGAGAACAGCGUGGCCUCUCUCUGUCAUAGAGUCACACACGGACAAGGUUUUAUGUGCUGACUGGUGGAAAAGUAACAGUGUUAUCAGUGGUGGAGCAGACUCAAAACUCUGCAUUUCUUCAGAAAUUCCUGUAUAGCAAGUUAAUUGUAUUAUUUGGGGCAUGCUGUAACAGUAGCACAUAUUUAUUAUAAUAUAGGGAAGGAAUUCAAAUUUUGAGCCAAUUUUGUCUUAAGGCCAAUUUUGCCUGUGAGAAAAAUUUCAUUUUUGUUUGGCUAACUGGAUAUUUAUGUUUACACUCAUAAUAUAGUUGUCCUGAACUCAUUUGCCUGCCAAA